CACGUGAAACGAAGCUUCGCAAUGGACGCCUGUAAGAAAAUCAUCGAAGAUCUGCUCGACAAGAAGCACUGCCACUAUGCAUGGCCCUUCUACAAGCCGUUGAAUGCGGAAAAGCUGGGUCUGACCGAUUAUCACCACAAAAUCAAGAAGCCCAUGGACCUGGGCAGCAUCAAGUACAAAUUGGAGGACGGGCACUACAGCAGCGUGCUUGAGUUUGCGGAGGAUGUGCGCUUAGUAUUCUCCAACUGCUUCAAGUACUUUGAUCCGGAUAACGAUUAUGUUGGCAUGGCCCAGGAGCUGCGCCACGUGUUUGAAAUGCUCUACGCUCAAAUACCCGACGAACCGGUGCCCAAUGUGCCAGCACACAACACGCACAUUCAGGGGAAUAUGCAGGGACCAACUGGCAAACCGCUCGCUUGGCUCAAGCUCACUUUGAGCUCUAACUCGGAAUUUGAUUCGGACACAGACACGGACUCGGACUCUGACUCGGAGGAUCUCGCCGCCAAGCUCAAAGCUCGACCACAGUGCCCGCCACCCGCAGCGCUGUCACCAAAGCAAAGAGAGGACGAGGACGACCCAGAGGCAAGCAUAACUGAUGGAACUGGCAGGGAGACGGAAAAGGAGGCCACCGAGGCCACCAGUUAAGUAAAAAUAACUUCGAAGAAGACGUGGCUCGAAGAGAUAAAGAAUCUCGGAGGACAGAGUAGUCAGUAGCAGCAGAGAUUCCAUAACGAUUGGCUUGU